GUAGAUUACAUGCCUAACAAAAAUAGGCCGACCCGAUAUAGACGCGUUCUGCACAUGUGUAGAACCCAGUUGAACUGAUUGUCUUCCGGGUGCACAUUGAGUAAUGACACCGGUUGGACAAAAUGGGCGAGUUUAAGGUACAUCGGGUUCGAUUUUUCGAAUAUAUGCCCAGCGCUAUCAGGGCCAUGGCGUUCAACAACCGUACUGAGCGGCUUGCUGUUGCCCGGACUGACAGUAGUGUGGAGAUCUUCAACUUUACUGAUAACUACUACCAAGAGAAGAUAAUUCCAGGACGGGAGGGUAAGGGUGUUGAGGCUCUGUGUUGGGUGGACCAGCGCCUCUUCAGUGCUGGUUUGAGUGGAGAGAUCACAGAGUAUGACCUGGAGAACUUGCAGACCAAGUAUACGGUGGAUGCCUACGGCGGACCAAUCUGGGCAAUAAGCAGCAACAGCAAGGGAACUGUGUUGGCGGUUGGCUGUGAAGAUGGAACGGUGAAGAUAUUUGAAAUACUGGAGGACAGGAUUCAAUUUCAAAGGAACUUUGACAGGCAAAAAAGUCGUAUCAUAAGUCUUUCUUGGCACCCCUGCGGCACACGUUUGGCUGCUGGCAUGAUGGACAUGAUCAGAAUAUUUGAUGCUGAAACUGGUCACAGUGCACACAGAAUGCUGGUAGAAAGAGGCGUUGGAGCAUCCAAGAGCAGCGAGGUGGUGGUUUGGGCUAUCGUCUUCUUAUCCAACAACACCAUCGUCAGUGGUGAUUCUGCUGGAAAGGUUCAAAUGUGGGAUGGAAUCACAGGAACACUUGUCCAAACUCAUCUAGUCACCAAGUGGGAUGUUCUUGCUCUCUCAGUAUCCCAGGAUGAAAGCAGCCUCAUUGCGGGGACAUCAGAGGGCACUGUGGUCCAGUUCCAGUUUCUCUCCUGCAACAGUGACCAUCAGAACAAGGACUGGGUCCGAACCAGAACCUUUAAAAACCAUUCACAUGAUGUGAGGGCAUUGGUUCACACUGAGACGGCUGUUGUUUCUGGAGGUGUGGAUACACAGUUGGUAGUACGACCGCUGCUGGACAAGGUGGAGUUGCAGACCCGAGAGUCAGCCCUUCGUAAAAUAUUUUUCCCGCAUAGGAGUCUGGUGUCUUGUGCAAAGAAAUCGGGGCUGCUGCUCUUCCAGUUCCCUGAUCAUCUCGAGCUGUGGAGACUAGGGGAGAGCGACGGGCACGGGAAGCCAGGUGACAGUCUGCCUGUGAAAAAGAACCCAGAGAAAUUGAUUCACCUGAAGAGGAAGGGAGAGGACAAUAUCUGGUGCAGUGCUCUGUCUCCAUGUGGAGAAUGGCUGGCAUUCUCGACUGUCUCCAGCAUUCGUCUUUAUAGGCUCCAGAUCCAGAACAGCAAAAUCUGCAUCACAAAGGUGUCUAAACUGCCCAAGAUCCUUCACACUGCCCAGCAGCUCUGCUUUUCCUUUGACUCCUCCAAACUGUUUGCCUCCUGCAGCCGCUCAUCAGUCAUCGUUGUUUCUCUCAGCCAAUCAGAGUGCAAAUAUGUUCACACACUCAAGCCUAAGUCAGGUUCCAGACAGCCUGUCCAUCUGUUGUAUGCCAGUGACGAUGGCAAGUGGCUCACAACUGCCAACGCAGGUUGUGAAGUGCAUGUCUACAACCUUCAGAAGAUGAAGCUCCACUGUACAGUGCCAGUGUACAGCUCCUGUCCCACCGCCUUGGCCAUCCACCCCACCACCCAGAACCUCAUCAUGGUGCACGCUGAUCAGCAGAUAUUUGAGUUCUCUCUCAAGCAAAAGGAGUACACUGAAUGGAGCCGCAAGCUGCAGAAACAAGGGCUGCACCCUCUGUGGUUGAAGAGGGACACACCAAUCACCCACGUCACCUUCAACCCUAAAAACACUGCUCACAUCCUUCUGCAUGACACAUUUAUGUUCUGCCUCCUAGAUAAGAGUCUGCCCCUCCCUGACACAAAGUCGCAGCUUUCCAAUCAGAUGACACUUCGAAGUCUUCCAGAGUCUGAGAGGAUAAAACACAGUCACUCGUUCAAGAUUUGCAAGACCUUUCAGCCCCUCUUGUGUGCCACUCUCCUGGAUGACCAGUCCCUAGUGGUAGUGGAACGUCCCCUCCAGGACAUCCUGUCCCAGCUUCCUGCACCUGUACGACAGAAGAAGUUUGCCACAUAAAAAAAAAACAAAGAAACAUUCGGCGUGUCAGCCAAGGUGACAGAUUUCAACAGAGGAAUCAGUUGUGCAAGAGCUGAACCACAUCUAAAAAAUGUUGCCAUUUUGUAAAGACUGUUUUGAUAAAUAAAACAAAUAUUUACAGCACAGUAGUAUAAUUCUGGUUUGAACAAGCUCAUUAUUUCAGUAUUUUCUGUGCUAAUAAAUUAGAUUUGUAUUGAUGACAGGCCAUCAAAAGUCACAGGAACGGUUUGGUUUCAUGAUGCAAGUUUUCCAUGUGCACCAAGUAAUGCAUCAUGUCACACUAGUAGUGAUGAUGGGACAAUGGUGGAUUUAGUCAGCUGGGGGCUAAUCUCUGGGUGGUUGCCAUUCCCAACAGAUUUUCAAAUUUUGAUUAAUUACAAGAACUCAUCAAUACAACCACGACUAUCAGUGACAUGUUUUCGUUUAGGGCAGGUCUCAAACUCACGGCCCACGGGCCAUUUGCGGCCCACCAAAUCGUAUCUUGCGGACAUCAAAGAGUAGUGUAACUGCAGCCCGCAACAUCCGGGCAAGCUCAGUGUUACAUAAUUAAAGGGGCAAGUAAACACCAACAGUGAACUAACAGUGGCGUUAUCACAUGGAUGUAUUGUGAAUUGUGUCGUAUCGUGAGGUACCCUGACAUUCCCAGCCCUACUCCCAACACUUGAUGCGGCCCAGCCUCACCCAGACUCUACCUCCACUGGCCCCCAGUGAAAUUGAGUUUGAGACCCCUGGUUUAGGGCAAGAUAAGACGGAUGGACAGUGAAGAUUUUGUCCUUAGGUAGCAGAUGGAGGAGCAUGGCGGUAAAGACGUACAGCUGUUUGCUCCGUAGGAUGUUGAGUACAUACAGUAUCUGAACCUGAAUGUGGGAUAGCAUGUUGUCUAUUGGGGUACUUCCUACCGGUAGAAUUGGUUCUAGUUGGAGUAGCACAAAGUUAAUGGUCUUGAACCCAACACCUGGCGCUCCAGUCCAAAUAUAGGUGCUUAUCAAUACAUUAGAAUAUGGUGCAAGAGUUCAUUUCAGACAAAGAGGCCAAUUAAAGGCUUUGGAGGUUUUUGCAGUUCAAUUGCUGAUUACAGUGGAAGUCAUUACUUUACAAUAUUGAAUGUUUUCAAAAUUGAAGAGAUGCUGUAUUUGGAUUUUUUGUUAGCUGUAAGCUGUAAUCAUCAAAAUACAUUCUCGAAAUAUUUCACUGUGUGUAGUGAAUCUACACAAAAGAAGUUAGUUUUUUUUGUUGAGCUACCAAAAUAACUUCUAAUAAUCAUUUUCAAAGGUAUUCUGAAGUAUAUGACGUGCAUGUGACAUCAGCAUUGGAAACAAACACAAAGAAAACAGCAUCACAAUGUUUAUUCUGCUUCAAAGAAGCUAACCUUACAAGUCCUGUUUGACAGGAACAAUUCCCACUGGGACAAUAUCAGCAUAGAUAAAUAAAUAGAAAUUUUAGGCUGUCAGAUCUUCUUCAUUCACUCGUGAAUCAGCUAACCCUUGCUGAACAGAACAAAUGAAAAUAUAUGCACUUGAAAUUUCAACAUGAAAAACUGCUCUAAUUGAAAUACACACUGCACUACACACAAUGCAGUACUGUAAACAUGGCAUAAAUAAAUAAAUAGGCCAAUAAAUAA